AUGAUAGAAAACUACAUCCUCGACUACUCAGGUCUAAAGGUAUUCAUGGCAACAAUGUCCAUUAUUGGUGUCUUUGUCUUCAUUGCCUUAUACUUCAUUAACGCCGGCUAUGGCAAAUUCGCCAGUAGAUCAUGGGGACCAGCUAUUCCGAACAAGUUAGCAUGGAUCUUAAUGGAAUGCCCAGUAUUCAUCGUUCUCUGCAUCCUUUGGUACUUCUCUGAAAGAAGAUUCCAGUUGAUUUAUCUCACAUUCUUUAUUAUCUUCCAGAUCCACUACUUCCAGAGAUCAUUCAUCUUCCCAUUCCUUCUUAAAGGCAAAUCAUACAUGCCAAUCCUUAUCAUGCUCAUGGGAGCUACAUUCAACGUUUGCAACGGAUAUAUCCAAGGCUGCUGGCUAUUCUACACUGCACCAGAAGGAUACUAUACAAAUGAAUGGUUCUGCACACCACAGUUCAUCAUUGGAACCAUCAUUUUCUUCACAGGAAUGUUUAUUAACAUUCACUCAGACCAUGUCAUCAGAAACUUACGCAAACCAGGUGAUACAAAGCACUGCCUUCCAAACAAGGGUAUGUACAGAUUUGUAACAUCCGCAAACUAUCUCGGUGAAAUUAUCGAAUGGUUUGGAUAUUUCAUAUUGACAUUAUCACCAGCCGCUCUCGUAUUUGUUUGGUUCACAUUUGCUAAUCUUGUCCCACGUGCUCACAAGAUUUAUGACCGUUAUCUCAAGGAAUUCGGAAAACCAGUCCUUGAAAAGAAGCGUAUCUUCCCAUUCAGGUCAGGUAUGAGGGGCUUCCAGGGGCUGCGCCCCUUCUAG